AUGAAUGCUUCACUGAUUAGUCGUUUUCAACUUAAUACAUCAAUUCAACUGCUUGUCGAUGCAUUAUUUAUUGAACAAUGGCAUUUUAAUGUAUCAUAUCCUUCAUUUUAUGAACAAUGUGCUCCGACUUAUUGCCACUAUACAGUCAAUGAACAUAAUAAUGCUUUGCAUGUUGUAUCACAAAUCUUAGGUUUAUAUGGUGGCUUAACUGUUAGUCUUCGUUUUAUUGUUCCUCUCAUUGUUGAAUUAUAUUAUAUAUUGAAAUCCUACAUUAACAAUAGAGUCACUCUGCUUUUGUAGAUCAAUGUAUUGGCUUUCUGUAAUCAUGUUUAAAUAAUAAAUAGAGAAAUAUUAUAGAACACUUCAUAUUAAUCUGUUUUCUUUCUACAUCGUAUGUCAUAAUAAUUAUGGACGAAACGUAAGAGUCAUUUUCAGAAGUUUACGAAGAAUCUGAAAUAGAUGCUAACAAAAAAGCGAACAUAUAAUUAAUUAGAUUAUUUUUGUUCUGGCUGUCAGAAUUGUUGUAUUUUAAAUAAGAGUAAAUCUAAUUAUUUGAAAGAUUAUCUUCUAAUCUAGCGAACUGAUGUUUCUUUUGAUAACAUUGACAAUUAAUCGUAUGUUAGUAAUUAAUUCAGCAAAAUUUUACUUUAAAAUUUUGCCAAAAUAACAAAAAUCUCUAAAACAUGAAUUGAAAUCGAAGCUGAACGUUUUGAAAAACUAUUCUAUUACGUAGAAUAAUGAAUGUGGGUUCAGAUGAAGAAAUACAAUACACAUUCCAUCAUUCUAUCUCUCAGUUAUUUAUCUUGAUAAUAUUAUUGAUGAGGAUUUUCUCUUGUAAAAUGAUGCAGUUAUUUAUCGAACUGUUCAAUAUACUUUUAUUAAAUAAUGAAAUUAAGAUUUUACUGAAAACAAAGUUUAUUAACUAGGAAUGUUUUUACAUUCAAACAGCUAUUUAUUCACCAGCAUCAUUUUAACUCAAUGGUUUUUCAUAUAAAGAAAAACAGAAGAUAAAGUUUUAAACGGUCUGAAGUAACUGCCGAUUAGUAGCAAAUACUUACAACUAGGAACUUUAUUGAGAUAAUUAGAAUUUCAGGAUAUAGAUACACCAUAAUUUACCUAGUCAAGACUAGACCGUGAAUAUAGUUGACAUUCAUUAAUAGUUGAGUUUAUUAGCAAAGAUAGAAAAUGCAAUUUCGUAAACAUUGAUAUUGAAUUGGAAAGAGUUAUCUAUAGAAAUUCCUGAAAGUUUGUUUUCUCUCUCUCUCUCCUAUUUUAGUUACCUUUGAAUAAUUGAUACACAAUUAGACAGGAGAUAUCAACAAUUGUCUUUCAUUUUUUUAAUAGUAGGUAACAUAAUAGUGUGAAUGACAUAAAUUGUCGUCUCACAUAACAGAUAGGUUAUUAUUCAAUAAGAUUUGUCUUUUCCUAUCUAAUGAUCAUUUGAAUAUCAAUAAAUUCGUAUAUGAACUAUUGUUAUUUAUCAUGUGACUGUACACGAUUAUAUUGGUAGGUCGAAGCAGAUAUGCUCUUCAUAUGCACACUGACUCCACUUAUCUUGAUCUCAGUAAGCUUCAUAAACAAAUCUUGGAGUAACGCUGAAAUGGAAUAUUUGGCAAAUAAUAGUAAAAGAUUUUGCGCGUUGAUUACCUUUACAAAAGUAGUAAGGGACUCUCUUCAUAAAGACGUAAUUUUAACAGAUUACAUAGAUUAUUCCAUGAGUAUGCAAGUCAUGCCCAGUACAAGGGUGAAAAGUUUAGCCUUUUACACUUUAUCAUUCAGGAAAUAUUCAUAUACCAAACUGUAAAACAAGGUGUUUAUAUGCAGAAAGUUUUUUUCUGAUAUAUUGUAAGUCGAUAUGGUUGGGUUGUCUUCAUUUCAAAGAAAACUCAUAAUAAAUUCGGAUGAAAGCAAUGAUUUAUCUUGAAAACGGGGAAAGUUUCGAAAACUCAAACUGCAGGAUACCUGAAACUUCCAAAAUUUCUCAAGGAUUAGUUAACAAUUAUAAAAUUUUGUUUUCUCAUAUGAAAGUCGUGAGUUUAUCUAUGUAUGAAAGACUAAACUGCGGUAAAGUCUGAAUAUAUUAGAUUUUCACCGACAUUACAUUAAUCUGUAUCAUCCAAAAUAAGAAAAAAGUCUGAUGAAUCUAGACAAGUAAAAUUAUCUAAAGUUUUUAAUAUGAUGAUAAUCGAACAAUUCUCUGAUAUUGAAAAAAAUCUGGGAUAUUUCAGGCCACCCCUCAGAAACGAACUUUGCUAUUUUUAUCUGAUUUCAACCAAAAUUUCAGAGAACGUUAAUCUUGGCUAGAAUAGGUUAUGGUUAAAAUAUCUUUGCCAUAUCUCAAAGGAAUACACAAGUUCUAGUCAAUUCCUUACUCUCUACCCUGGCAAGGAUUUCGCAUUAAGAAAACGAGCUAACAAGCCCGGGUGAUUUUCAAGUUGUAGAGUACCCUUAGGGUAGGACUCAACUGACUUCGAUUUUUGAAUUUUCCUUUAUUUGAUUUUUGCAAAACGUUUUUCGAAAAAUAUUCAAAUUCAAAUUGCUCAUGGAAAUGAGGUAUCCAAGUAUUUUAUUUCAUCAAAAGAGAAAUUAAAAUCGGAGCCUGUUAAGUCCUAGCCCUACAUGUCUCCUAUAUACUAAAAAAAAUGAACUAUCACUUCCAUGCCGAGUCGUUAUGGAGAAAAGCCUACCCGCGUAAACUGCAUGACAAAAAAACUGAUUUUGAGAAAAACGAAAAAUAAAUAUUAGAAAGCGAUUUUCUCGAAGGGUGUGGGUGUGGGUGGGUGUGGGUGAGGGUUCUGCAUUCUUCUAGUCUUACACCCACACCCGAACCCACACCCACACCCACUCACACCCACACCCACACCCACACCCACACCCACACCCAAACCCACACCCACACCCACUCACACCCACACCCACACCCAC